CAGACAGAUUUGUUUUUUGUUUUUUUGGUCCAAUAUGGCUCUUUCAACAUUUUGGGUUGCCGACAUCUGAGCUAGGGGAUAUAAGAACUACACUACCCAGCAUGCAACACGGCCAUUGUGAUGUUAUGAGCUAGGGAAUAUAAGAACUACAUUACCCAGCAUGCAACAUAGCCAUCUUGUUUUUUUUCUUCGCCCGGCCACAGAAGAAAAAGUCACAUUUAUGAGUUGCCGGUGUAACAAUUGGAAGAAGAUAUUUGACUCCUCUCUUGUACGCGCGGAUAAUAAGACGUCCAACAGAUGAACGCUCCUCAAGAAGAAGGUCCCCCUCAGCAGCAGGAGGAUCCACAGCCCCCCCGCAUUAAAGAGGAAGAUGAGGAAGUGUGGAUCACUCAGGAGGAGGAUCCACAGCCCCCCCGCAUUAAAGAGGAAGAUGAGGAAGUGUGGAUCACUCAGGAGGAGGCUCAUCUCCCCAAGUGUCCACUGACUGUGAAGACGGAAGACAAACUACCCGAGUCCUCACACCUUCAUCACAGUCCAAACGUCCGCGAGGAACAUCUUCUCCCUGAGCGACAGGGGUGGAGCGUCAGGACGGUGAAGGAGGAGCCACAGACCUCCCUCUUUAAAGAGGAAGAGGAGGAGCACAGCAUCAGUCAGGUGGGAGAGCGUCUUGAAUGGUUGGAGGAGUUACCAGUGACUGUGAAGAGUGAAGAUGAGGAGGUGAAAGUUGAACGAGAGGCGGGUGGAGGACCACCAGCCGACAAGAUGUUAGCUCCACUAUCAGAUAGUGACGAGACGACGUCUCACUCUUCUGACACAGACGAUGAAGACGCUGAAGAUAAAACACACCUGACAUGUUCUCACUGCGACAAAACCUUUAAAUACCCCAGUAAACUGAUAAGAGACAUGAGAACGCACACCGGAGAGAAACCUUUUUCCUGCUCAGCCUACGGCGACUACGUCUCGCAAAGGCAGCAUUUGAGAGCGGACGCCGGCGGGAAACCGUACUCCUGUUCGAUCUGCCACAAAAGCUGCGCCGACCAAUCGUCGCUCGGCGUGCACAUGCGAACACACACCGGGGAAAAACCCUUUUUAUGUACAGUCUGCGGUAAAGGUUUCGCGCAAAGCGGCAAUUUGAAAAACCACGUGAGAAUACACGCCGGAGAAAAGCCGUUUUCGUGUUUGGUCUGCGGCAAAAGUUUUGCGCAGAGCGGUAAUUUGCAAAGUCACAUGAGAACGCACACGGGCCAAAAACCCUUCGCCUGUCCCAGGUGCGACAAAAGCGUCCGCGACCGGUCGUCGCUCGCCAAACACAUGAGAACGCACACCGGCGAGAGACCCUUUUUCUGUUCCUUUUGCAAUAAGAGCUUCACGCAGAGUCACCAUUUGAAAAAACACCUGAGAACGCACGCAGGUGAGAAAGUGUAGAGUUUUGGGGAAAGAUUGUCUUCUGAGUGGAAGUGGAAGGAACACAAGUGUUUACUUUUGAAGGUGUUUUUAAAACAUCAACUAAGCAUAGAAUACAACAUGGAUGCAGAAACCAUCUUAAAGGCCUACUGAAAUGAUUUUUUUUAUUUAAACGGGAAUAGCAGAUCCAUUCUAUGUGUCAUACUUGAUCAUUUCGCGAUAUUGCCAUAUUUUUGCUGAAAGGAUUUAGUAGAGAAAAUCCACGAUAAAGUUGGCAACUUUUGCUCGCUGAUAAAAAAAAAGCCUUGCCUUUAGCGGAAGUAGCGUGACGUCACAGGAGCUAGUAUUCCUCACAAUUCCCCGUUGUUUACAAUGGAGCGAGAGAGAUUCGGACCGAGAAAGUGACGAUUACCCCAUUAAUUUGAGCCAGGAUGAAAGAUUCGUGGAUGAGGAACGUUAGAGUGAAGGACUUGAGAGGCAGUGCAGGACGUAUCUUUUUUCGCUCUGACCGUAACUUAGGUACAAGCUGGCUCAUUGGAUUCCACACUCUCUCCUUUUUUUAUUGUGGAUCACGGAUUUGUAUUUUAAACCACCUGGGAUACUAUAUCCUCUUGAAAAUGAGAGUCCAGAACGCCAAAUGGACAUUUAAAGUGACUGAACAUGUAAAUACACGAUUAAUAAUAUUCAGCUUUGCGAAGCUAAAAAAAAAUAGAAGCUAACCUAGCAACGUAGCCAACGUGAUAGCAUCAGUCUCAAAUGCAGAUAGAAACUAAAUUUAAAAAAAACCUGACUGGAUGGAUAGUCAGAAGAUCAACAAUACUAUUAAACCAUGAACAUGUAAAUACACGAUUAAUAAUAUUCCGCUUUUCGACGCUAAAAAAAAUAGAAGCUAACCUAGCUACGUAGCCAACGUGAUAGCAUCAGUCUCAAAUGCAGAUAGAAACUAAAUGAAAACAAACCCUGACUGGAUGGAUAGACAGAAGAUCAAAAAUACUAUUAAACCAUGAACAUGUAAAUACACGAUUAAUAAUAUUCAGCUUUUCGAAGCUAAAAAAAUAGAAGCUAACCUAGCAACGUAGCCAACGUGAUAGCAUCAGUCUCAAAUGCAGAUAGAAACUAAAUAAAAACAAACCCUGACUGGAUGGAUAGACAGAAGAUCAAAAAUACUAUUAAACCAUGAACAUGUAAAUACACGAUUAUUAAUAUUCCGCUUUUCGACGCUAAAAAAAUAGAAGCUAACCUAGCUACGUAGCCAACGUGAUAGCAUCAGUCUCAAAUGCAGAUAGAAACUAAAUUUAAAAAAAACCCUGACUGGAUGGAUAGACAGAAGAUCAAAAAUACUAUUAAACCAUGAACAUGUAAAUACACGAUUAAUAUUAUUCAGCUUUUUGAAGCUAAAAAAUAGAAUCUAACCUAGCCACGUAGCCAACGUGAUAGCAUAGCAGUCUCAAAUGCAGAUAGUAACUAAAUUUAAAAAAAACCUGACUGGAUGGAUAGACAGAAGAUCAAUAAUACUAUUAAACCAUGAACAUGUAAAUACACGAUUAAUAAUAUUCCGCUUGGCGAAGCUAAAAAAACAGAAGCUAACCUAGCUGCGUAGCCAACGCGAUAGCAUAGCAGUCUCAAAUGCAGAUAGUAACUCAAUAAAAAAAAAACCCUGACUGGAUGGAUAGACAGAAGAUCAAAAAUACUAUUAAACCAUGAACAUGUAAAUACACGAUUAAUAAUAUUCAGCUUUUCGAAGCUAAAAAAAUAUAAGCUAACCUAGCUACGUAGCCAACGUGAUAGCAUCAGUCUCAAAUGCAGAUAGAAACUAAAUGAAAACAAACCCUGACUGGAUGGAUAGACAGAAGAUCAAAAAUACUACUAAACCAUGAACAUGUAAAUACACGAUUAAUAAUAUUCAGCUUUUCGAAGCUAAAAAAAUAGAAGCUAACCUAGCAACGUAGCCAACGUGAUAGCAUCAGUCUCAAAUGCAGAUAGAAACUAAAUAAAAACAAACCCUGACUGGAUGGAUAGACAGAAGAUCAAAAAUACUAUUAAACCAUGAACAUGUAAAUACACGAUUAUUAAUAUUCCGCUUUUCGACGCUAAAAAAAUAGAAGCUAACCUAGCUACGUAGCCAACGUGAUAGCAUCAGUCUCAAAUGCAGAUAGAAACUAAAUUUAAAAAAAACCCUGACUGGAUGGAUAGACAGAAGAUCAAAAAUACUAUUAAACCAUGAACAUGUAAAUACACGAUUAAUAUUAUUCAGCUUUUUGAAGCUAAAAAAUAGAAUCUAACCUAGCCACGUAGCCAACGUGAUAGCAUAGCAGUCUCAAAUGCAGAUAGUAACUAAAUUUAAAAAAACCCUGACUGGAUGGAUAGACAGAAGAUCAAUAAUACUAUUAAACCAUGAACAUGUAAAUACACGAUUAAUAAUAUUCCGCUUGGCGAAGCUAAAAAAACAGAAGCUAACCUAGCUGCGUAGCCAACGCGAUAGCAUAGCAGUCUCAAAUGCAGAUAGUAACUAAAUAAAUAAAAAACCCUGACUGGAUGGAUAGACAGAAGAUCAAAAAUACUAUUAAACCAUGAACAUGUAAAUACACGAUUAAUAAUAUUCAGCUUUUCGAAGCUAAAAAAAUAUAAGCUAACCUAGCUACGUAGCCAACGUGAUAGCAUCAGUCUCAAAUGCAGAUAGAAACUAAAUUAAAACAAACCCUGACUGGAUGGAUAGACAGAAGAUCAAUAAUACUAUUAAACCAUGAACAUGUAAAUACACGAUUAAUAAUAUUCAGCUUUUCGAAGCUAAAAAAAUAUAAGCUAACCUAGCUACGUAGCCAACGUGAUAGCAUAGCAGUCUCAAAUGCAGAUAGUAACUAAAUAAAUAAAAAACCCUGACUGGAUGGAUAGACAGAAGAUCAAAAAUACUAUUAAACCAUGAACAUGUAAAUACACGAUUAAUAAUAUUCAGCUUUUCGAAGCUAAAAAAACAGAAGCCAACUUAGAUGCGGUGGCGGGCGUACUCACCGUAGUGCGUCUGCUAUCCUGCUCAAAACACAACACAUCCUCCUGGUGUGGGUGUUGCUGCAGCCAGCCGCUAAUACACCGACCCCACCUACAACUUUCUUCUUUGCAGUCUCCAUUGUUAAUUAAACAAAUUGCAAAAGAUUCACCAACACAGAUGUCCAGAAUACUGUGGAAUUUUGUCGAAGAAAACAGAAGUAUUUGAAUUUGGGUCCAAACACUUCCCUUGCCCUCGUGACGUCACGCGCAUACCUCAUCAUACCGCCACGUUUUCAAGCGGAAGUGUGGCGGGAAGUUUAAAAAGUCACUUUCUAAGUUAAUGUGUUGCAAUGUUAAGAUGUCAUCAUUGAUAUAUAAACUAUCAGACUGCGUAGUAGUGGCUUUCAGUAUCAGUAGGCCUUUAAUGUACAACUUGUCAUUCAUGAUAGUGCAGGUUUUUAAAGGAGUCUUACAUCAUUUCAUUUCUAGCUGUAAAUGAUUCCUUUAUAUGAUGUACAUAUUUGUUUGACAUGUGUUCAUACCUUUGCAUCUUCUGGAAGCUUAUUAUUAUUUACUUGAUGCAUCAUUUGAGUGUUUUAUACAAGAUCAUUCACUUUUCAAAUGUGUGACUUUAUCAAUCAUUUGUUGGCUCCCAAUAAUCCAUUCUAUUAAUGAUCUUUAUUACUCUCUUUUGUAAUGUGACUAUUGUUUUAUACGUAUGUCCCCACACUUUUAUGCAAUAAAUGUAGUUCAUAUUUGUUGAGUAUGUCAUUUCUUCUAUUUAGUAUUGCAGUCAUUUGUCAUAUUUUCUUCUGUAUUUAACUCAUAUAUCAUCUAUAGCACAGGUGUCUAAGUCAAGGCCCGGGGGGCAAAUCUCAAAUCCCUUCACUGGCUUCCUGUUCCACUCAGGAUUGAAUUCAAAGUCUCCCUACUAACCCACCAGUGCCUCCAUGGAAAUGCCCCCCCUUUACCUCAAAGAACUACUCACCCCCAAAUCCUCCACACGACACCACCGCUCCAGACAGGCUAACCUCCUCCAACCUCCGAGGACAAAGCUACGAACAAUGCUCCGCCGCUCCCAGUCUGUGGAACGCUCUCCCUGACCACCUGAGGGCACCACAGACUGUGGAUGCUUUUAAAAAAGGCUCAAAAACCCUUCUUUUUAAAAAAAAGCCUUUUUUUAAUUAGAUAUAUGCAUACUAGUUUUAGCUAUUUGGCUGUUCUAGUUUUUAUUUGUAUUUAUUUUUUAUUAUCUUUUUAUUUUUUAUUUUUUUAAUACACUGUAGCACUUUGAGGUUG